AAAUAUUUGGUGUUCGCCGUUUAGAUAGAUCAAGAUGACUGGUCGUGGAAAGGGAGGAAAGGGAUUGGGAAAAGGAGGAGCGAAGCGGCAUCGCAAAGUACUUCGUGAUAACAUCCAGGGUAUCACCAAGCCCGCCAUCCGUCGUCUCGCACGUCGUGGUGGUGUCAAGCGCAUCUCCGGCUUGAUCUACGAAGAGACACGCGGUGUCCUCAAAGUAUUCCUCGAGAACGUGAUUCGUGACGCUGUCACAUACACCGAGCACGCCAAGAGGAAGACCGUGACCGCCAUGGACGUUGUCUACGCUCUCAAACGUCAAGGAAGAACCCUCUAUGGUUUCGGCGGUUAAAUAUGCUCGUUCGACCGCAUCGCAAAAACAAUCGGCCCUUUUCAGGGCCACCAAUAUCAAACGUGGAAUUUUUUCUUGGUACAGCGAUUAAUAUAACCUCAAUUUUUUAAUACUCG